CCACUACCGGCGUGGUGUCGUUGCUGAUCAACCAAAUUGGGCCCGGCGAUGAGGGCGAAUACACAUGCAAAGCCAGGAAUGCCGUUGGCGAAGCCAUCUGCUCCGUGUUCAUCCAGCCAGAAGGCAUGCCUGCUCCACAGUUCCAACAGGUCAAACGGGAACAGCAGCAAAUGCAGCAGCAGGUUAUGCAGCAGAAGCAGGUUAUCAGCCAACAGCAACAGCAGUACACCAAUGGCUAUUCGCACAUCGAAGAGGAAUUCAAGGUCGAUACCUUCGAGUAUCGACUGCUGCGGGAAGUAUCCUUCCGCGAAUCAAUCACUCGUCGCUACGGUGGCGAAACAGAUGCUCAACUACUCACUACUGUAGAUCGCGCUCUUGGUCCACCUGCACCUCCGCAGAUUAGUCAGAAACCGAGAAACUCGAAGCUAGUCGAAGGAUCCGAAGCUAUGUUCAGCACCAGAGUUAGCGCCAAUCCGAGACCAAGACUGAGCUGGUUCAAAGAUGGUCAACGCAUUAUCCCGUCCGUUGACAAGCAUGAAAUCACAUACUCAAACCAGCAAGCUACACUACGCGUCAAAAAUGUCACCUCUAAGGACUCCGGUCAUUACACUCUACUGGCCGAAAAUCCCCAGGGUUGUCAGGUCUCGUCCGCAAUCCUGGCUGUUGAACCAGCACAGGAACAAGUCACCGUUGCAACCAGCCAUGACGUCAUCGAAUCGGCGGAAGCUACCAAAGCUCUAUCACCAGCGUUUGUCACACUGAUUCAAGAUCAGGAAACAACCGAAGGUAAAAUGGCUCGUUUCGAUUGCCGCGUCACUGGCCGUCCAUAUCCGGAAGUGGCUUGGUAUAUCAAUGGCAAACUUGUUACUGACGAUGCCACGCACAAAAUCCUCGUCAACGAGGCUGGAAAUCAUUCGCUGAUGAUCACCAGCACCAACCGUUACGAUCACGGUAUCGUCACCUGCAUCGCCCGUAACAAAACCGGAGAGAUUGCUGCUCAAGCCAAACUAGUCGUAUGUGAACGCGAACAGGUCGUUGCACCGAAGUUCAUUGAACGUUUUACCACUGUCAACGUAAAGGAAGGUGAACCCGUCCGUCUGUUUGCACGUGCCAUCGGUCUUCCGAUCCCACGCAUCACCUGGCAGAAGGAUGGCAUCCCUCUGCAGCCGGGACCGGACGUACAGAUCCUGUGGGACGACAAUGGUUCCACCACCGUUGACAUCCCACGAGCUAAGACGUCGGAUGCUGCUUGGUAUCAGUGUACCGCACAAAACGUUGCCGGUACUACUGCUACCCGGGCUCGUCUCUUCGUGGAAACUCCGAAGGGACCAGCCCCGGAACAGCGCCGUCUUCAACUACCACGACCGACCAAAGUCAUUCAACCAGAACCCGCACCAGAACCGGAAGUUAUCUUCCUGCGUCAUGUCGAGCGAGCUGCUCCACAUAUGCCACCAAAGGAGGAAGACCGCAUCUACCCACCACCGAAGUUCACCAUCCCGCUGAACGACGUCGCUCAAGUUGAGGGUGGUAAGGUACACUUCGAGGGUCGCAUCGAACCCGUCUCCGAUCCGACGAUGCGUGUCCAGUGGUUCCUGAAUGGAAACUUGAUUCAAGCAAGUUCCCGUGCCAACACGACGUUCCAGUUUGGCUUCGUCGCCCUGGACUUACUGAGCAUCGUCAUGGAGGACAGCGGUGAGUACACGUGCCGUGUGUCCAGCUCAACUGGCGUUGCCGAAUCGCAUGCCAUGCUGAGCGUCCAGCCAAAGCCUCCGAUCGAGCAACAGUCGCAGCACUCGGCAGCCCUGCACCAGAUUCAGAACCUGGAGGAUUACUCCAAAUACGUUCGUACUGAGAGUAUUGAGGAAGUGGUCAACCAGAGACCGGCUUUCACUCGCCCACUGCAGGACUUGGGCCAGCUGGAAGAGGGAAGAAACGCUCAUUUUGAGGCUCAGAUUACCCCAGUGAGCGAUCCAACAAUGAGAGUGGAGUGGUACAAGGACGGCCGUCCGAUUACGGCCAGCUCUAGGAUCACCGCCAUCUUCAACUUCGGAUACGUCUCCCUGAACAUUAUGCACCUACGCGCUGAAGAUGCCGGUACCUACACUGUGCGUGCCGUCAAUCGCAUCGGCGAAGCUAUCAGUACUUCUCAGAUUACGAUCAUCAGCAAGGCUGCAGUUACUGGAGAGUUGGGUAUUGCUGAGCAACAGAACUACAUUCAAAGCGUUGAACAGCUGGAACAGUAUCAAAAAUAUCAGAACAUGAAGUUUUACGAGGAAACUCCGGAAAGUACACAACGUCCGGAGUUCAAGACUCCCAUCUCUGACCAGUUGAAUAUCCGUGAAGGAGGCUUCGCUCACUUUGAAGGUCGCCUAGAACCUGUUAGCGAUCCAACCCUUCGUGUAGAAUGGUUGAAGGAUGGUCACCCGAUCGAGGCUAGCUCGCGUAUUACAACUUUCUGUAACUUUGGAUACGUCGCACUGACAAUCAAACAAGUAACGAUCCAUGAUGUCGGUCACUACACCUGCCGUGCCUACAACUCUCUGGGAGAAGCCCACAUCACUGGUAAACUGACUGUGGUGUCCCGCCAGGACAUCAUUGUCGACUCCCAGACGAGUCACAUGGGAAUGGAGAAACUUCAAUAUCUGGAAGAUUCGUCAAGAUACACCCGCACAACCCAAGAAGAGCAGCAAGUCGUACAGACUGCUCCACGUUUCCUAGGUCCGUUGAAAGCUACCAACAAGAUCGUCGAAGGACAGCGUGCUCACUUUGAAGCUCGCCUUGAACCACAGUCCGAUUUGACGAUGCGUGUUGAGUGGUACCAUAAUGGACGUCCAGUGAUGACAGCCAACCGUAUCCAGACAUAUCACGAUUUCGGUUAUGUCGCAAUGGACAUCUUGGACGUUCGCGGUGAAGAUUCAGGAACCUACACGCUGGUUGCUACGAAUGCAGCUGGUCAGGCUCAACUGGACACCCAGAUGAUCGUUGAAACUCGUUCAUCAGUGGAUACCACCAGCAUGCACCACGUUGUUGAACGCACCCAGAUGAAGCAGGAAACUCAAUUCAUCGAACCGUCGUAUCAAAUCGAAGAGCUGUGCAAAUCCAAGCCGAUUUUCACUCAGUCUCUGUCGGAUCCACAGCCAGUUGGAGAAGGUCGCAACAUUCAUCUGGAGUGCAAGCUUGAACCGCUGGGUGAUCCGACGAUGCGCGUCGAAUGGUUCCAGAACGGUCGUCCAAUCACUGUUGGAUCCCGCUUCAAGACCUAUUACGACUUCGGUUUCGUAGCUUUGGAUAUUCUUCAUUGCACUGCAAACGACUCAGGAGAGUACACUGUGCGUGCUACCAAUCAACUUGGAUCUUCACAUACUUCAGCUUGCGUUCGUGUUAUCACCCGUUCGGACAUUAUCACCGAGUCCCAAAGUGAGCUGACCCAAGAGCAGCUGCAGUAUCUGGACGAUUCAUCCCGAAUGCGUCGUGACGUUUUGGAAGAUAUCACCGUCAUGUCGCCGCCACAGUUCGUCCGUCCUCUGCACAACAUUGAAACAUUCGAAGGAACCAACAUCCACUUGGAGUGCCGUCUGCAGCCGGUUGGUGAUCCAUCGAUGCGCGUCGAUUGGUUCGUUAACGGACAACCCGUCAAAAUCGGCCAUCGCUUCCGUCCAGCUUACGAGUUCGACUACGUAGCUUUGGAUCUGCUCGGAGUUUACCCUGUUGAUUCCGGAGUGUACACUUGUCAGGCUCGUAACUCUUUGGGCGAGGCUGUAACUUCAUGCUCGGUCCGCAUCGUUGCCAAGAAGGACUUGAUCAUGGAAACCCAGUACCCAGCGGGACUCGAGAAGUUGCAGUUCUUGGAAGAUAUUUCGCGAUACCGCAAGACAGAGUUCGUUGACGAGAUUGUCAACGUGAAACCACGAUUCGUUACCCGUCCAAAGAAUAUUGAUCGUGCCCAAGAAGGUGGCCAUGCGCACUUUGAGUGCAAGUUGGAGCCAGUAACCGAUUCAAACUUGAAGGUUGAAUGGUACAAGAAUGGCCAUCCGAUCACCAUUGGUCACCGAUUCCGUCCAAUUCAUGACUUUGGUUACGUUGCCUUGGAUAUUAUUGAUCUAAUCGCUGAGGAUAGUGGAACUUACAUGUGCCGUGCCGUCAAUUUGGUAGGCGUCGAUGAGGUUGCCGUACAGCUCGCCUGUCGUGGUUCACAGCAAAUUCUGACGACAACCCAGAACGAGCAGGGUCUCGAGCAGAUUCAAUACCUGGAAGAAAAGUCCAAACAUCAUCGCGCAGAUCACGGUGAUGAUAUGCCAUCUCAGGCCCCUACAUUCACUACUUCGUUGAAGCACAUCGAGAUCAAGGAGGGUCAACGAGCUCACUUCGAAUGUCGUUUGAUUCCGGUCUCCGAUGCUACUCUCCGCGUUGAGUGGUAUCAUAAUGAUGCUCCAGUCAAGUCUGGAUCUCGCUUCACUGAAACAAACAACUUUGGAUUUGUUGCCUUGGACAUUAUGGGAUGCUUGGCAGAAGAUUCUGGUACUUACACUUGCCGUGCUGUCAACGCUCUGGGUGAGGCUGUCACUUCAGCUACUUGCAUUGUUCACACGCGUAAGAGCAUUUACUCCGAAUCACAGCACGAGCAUGCUUUGUCUAGCUUGCGCUACCUGGAGGACAUGUCUCGCUACCAACGUGAGACUGAAGUCGAUGAAGUUAUCACUCAGGCUCCAGUGUUCACUCUUCCUGUGAAGGAUGUCAAGGUCGCUGAAAAUCAAGCCGUUCAUUUUGAGGCUCGACUUGUUCCGGUUGGAGAUCCAAAGAUGCGAGUUGAAUGGUUGAGAAACGGAGUUCCGAUCGAGGCUUCCAAUCGUAUCACCACAAUGCACGACUUCGGAUAUGUUGCCCUGAACAUGAAAUACGUCAACCCUGAAGACUCCGGAACUUACACUUGCCGUGCAACCAAUGACUUGGGACAGGCUGUCACCUCAGCCAAAUUAAUGGUGCAGUCUAAGGCUGCUCUUGAUCUGGAAACUCAAAACGAGAAUGCUCUGGAGAAGAUUCAUCAGCUUGAAGAUGCCGUUCGUUAUUCCCGCAAAGAGGAAGAAGAAUACAUUGUCAUUCAGAAGCCCAAGUUCACUACAAAGCUUCACGGUCCAACCAAUUUGGUUGAGCAACAGAGUGCUCACUACGAAUGCCGCAUUGAACCUUACCCGGAUCCAAACUUGAAGGUUGAGUGGUUCCACAACGGUCAACCAUUGACUACUGGUCAUCGCUUCAGAACGACAUACGAUUUCGGAUUUGCUGCACUUGAUGUGCUGACAGUCUAUGCCGAGGAUUCCGGAGAAUACACUUGCCGUGCUAGCAACCACCUUGGUUCAGAAACGUCGUCUAUUACUCUGAACGUUACUUCCAAGUCCGGUAUCGUUCGCGAUACCCAACACGAAGGAGCUCUGGAAAAGAUCCAAUACUUGGAAUGUGACGCACGUUACGGUCGCAAGUCGGACGAAGAACACUUUGUCGCCGAAAAGCCACAGUUUGGCCGUCCGCUCAAGAAUGCCAGCGUUUCCGAAGGUCUGCCGGUGCAUCUGGAAGCUACGCUUACACCGGUCAACGAUCCAACAAUGAAAGUCGAAUGGUACUGCAAUGGUCGUCCAAUUCAGCAGGGUCAUCGCUUUAAGACUACGUACGACUUUGGUUUCGUCGCUCUCGAUAUUCUGUACGCACACGCUGAGGACACAGGCACCUACAUGUGUAAGGCGAAGAAUGCGGUUGGGGAGGCUGUCACGACCUGCGCUGUUAAAGUCACAGCAAAUGCUGGAUUAUAUUUGGAGACUUUGGAUGAACAGCGUCUGCAGAAGAUUAAGGAACUGGAGAGCUACCAGAAGCCAAAGACACCAGAAGUUGAACCAGCUAAGCAGAAACCUGUGUUCUUGACCCCGCUGACCAACUUGGAGAACCUGAAGGAAGGCGACUAUGCCCAUCUGGAAUGCCGCGUUGAGCCGAUCAACGAUCCGAACCUGAAAAUUGAAUGGUUCAUCAAUGGCAAAGCUAUCCGGGCAGGACAUCGCUUCCGCACGACUCACGACUUUGGUUACGUUGCGUUGGAUAUUCUGUACGUCUACGGUGAGGACAGUGGUACCUACAUGUGCAAGGCAACCAAUUUGGUUGGAGAAGCCGUCAGUACUUGCAACAUCCGUGUGGUUAACAAGCGUAGCAUCAUCUUCGAUUCGCAGCAUCCGGAUGGUUUGGAGAAGAUCCAGAAAUUGGAAGCCCAAGCACGUCCAUCGCGUCUGGAGCUUGAAGAACCCGAUGUUACUGCUCCACGUUUCGUUACCGAGCUCAGAGGAACAACCGAAAUCCACGAGGGUCAGACUGCUCACUUUGAAGCUCAAGUUGAACCGAUACAUGAUCCAAAUCUACGUAUCGAGUUCUAUCACAAUGGAAAGCCACUUCAGUCUGCAGCGAGAUUCCACAUUACCUUCGAUUUCGGAUAUGUUGCUCUUGAUAUUCAACACGUCGUUGCCGAAGAUGCUGGAGAGUACACUGUUAAGGCCAUUAAUGCAAAGGGACAGUGCAAGUCGUCUAUUAACAUGCGAGUUACUGCCAAGGGAUCGAUCAUCUCGGAUACUCAGCAUCCAGAAGGUCUGGAUAAAAUUAAGCAACUGGAAGGAGCUGCUCCUUUCAAACGCCCAGAGAUUCAGGAUGCCGUUACUAAGCAGCGCCCAGUGUUCACACAGCCACUGCAGAAUAUUGACUUUGUCGCCGAAGGACAAACUGCUCACUUCGAGUGCCGCCUGAUUCCAGUUGGAGAUCCAAAUCUAAAGGUCGAAUGGUACAGAAAUGAAAAACCAUUGGAAGACAGUUCUCGUAUAACCAAACAACACGACUUUGGAUAUGUAUCGAUGGAUCUCACCCACGUUCGCGAAGAAGACGAAGGUGUUUACAUGUGUCGUGCUAUCAAUCCUCUCGGAGAAGCUGUCACUACUGCAUCGAUGAGAAUCCGCACGAAGGCAAGCAUCCAAAUGGACUCACAGCAUCCAGAAGGCAUGAGGAAGAUCAUCCAGCUCGAACAACCACAUGCUCCACGUCCCGAGGAACAAGAAGCUGGAUUCGAAAAGCCAAUCUUCACGCAGCUAUUGACUGGACCCUCCGAGUUGUGGGAAGGUCAGCAUGCUCAUUUCGAGGCUCGAGUAGUUCCAGUUGGUGACGCUAGCAUGAAGUACGAAUGGUACGUCAAUGGAGUUGAGCUCAAGCUUGGAUCACGUUUCCGCACAACCAAUGAUUUCGGAUUUGUUACUUUGGACAUCAAUUCAGUUGUGUCGGAGGACUCUGGAGUUUACAUGUGUAAGGCAAUCAAUAAGGCUGGAGAGGCCGUAUCUUCGACUACGAUGAAGAUCAAGUCGAAGUCGUCGAUUGCCGGCGAGCCACUUCUGCCAGAAGCCUGGGAAAAGAUUCAGCUCAAGGAAGCUGCAAUGAACCGUGUCCCAGAUAUGUUUGUCGACACAACUCCACAGCAGGCCCCAGUAUUUACUACGCAUUUGGAAAGUCACGAUAAACUCCAGGAAGGUCAGCAUGUUUACUUGGAAGCCCAGGUCGAACCACGUGCCGAUCCUAACCUUAGAAUUGAAUGGUUCAAGAAUGGCAUGGCGAUCACCACUGGAGCCAGAAUCCGUAGCACUUUCGAUUUUGGUCUAGUGACCUUGUCAAUCAAUGGACUCCGUGCCGAUGAUUCAGCUAUCUAUACUUGCAAGGCUACCAAUAAUCAUGGCGAAGCCGUUUCAACUGCAACAUUGAAGAUUGAAGGAAGCCAUUGGCUGUUGGGAGAUACGAUGCACCCAGCUUCCGUUCAGAAGAUUAGUGAUUUGGAGGCACCUCGUGCAGCUUACAAGGGAACACCAGAGCCACAGUUCGAAUCGCCAGUGUUCGUCACUCAUUUGAACAAUGUGGAAUGCAAGGAAGGCGCUAACGUUCACUUUGAAUGUAAUGUUGAACCAUCAAAGGACCCUACUAUGCAGAUCGAGUGGUUCGUCAAUGGCAAGCCACUGCCAACUGGUUCCCGUUUCAAGACCACAUAUGACUUUGGAUUUGUUUCGCUGGAUAUCACUGGAGCAUAUGCUGAAGAUUCUGGAAUCUACACAUGCAAGGCUACCAACAACAAGGGCUCAGCGUCGACAUCUGGAUCGCUGAGGUGCACUAGCACUACAACCAUGUAUUUGGAUACUCAGCAUCCGAUGGGCAAGGCUGGACUGGAAGCCGUUCAAGAUACGGAAGCUGCUCUGGCAAAUCGCUACAAGCGUCAAGAAUCGAAGCCAGAAGGUGCAUUCCCUGCACCGAAAUGGACCGUCGAGCUGCAGUCCGAGUUCAGACUCAACGAGGCUGAGUCGCUACACUUGGAGGGACAAGUUGAACCAAAGGACGAUCCAGACCUCAAGAUCGAAUGGUACUUCAACGGAAAGGUUCUUCAACAUGGAUCACGCUUCAAGAUGACGAACGACUUUGGAUUCGUUACUCUUGAUUUGACCGAAGUGUAUGAACGUGACCAAGGUACCUACACAUGCAAGGCCUACAACUAUUCUGGAGAAGCGUUUACCUCGACCACCGUGUACUGCGUUACCAAAGAAAGCCUCAUUGAGCGUACCCAGCACCCGAAGGGCACUGAGGGAUUGGAAAAGAUUCAGGAUCUGGAAGAGUCGCUGCGCAGACAAGAAGCCGCACAAACCGAAGCAGAAGGAGGACAUGCUCCGAGAUUCACUUCCGAAUUUGUUACCGUUGCUAACGUUGAAGGAGAAAUUGCUCACUUUGAUGCAACGUUGAUUCCAACUGGCGAUCAGACCAUGGUCAUUGAAUGGUUCUACAAUGGCAAGACCUUGGAAGCAAGUCAUCGUGUCCGUACCGUUUAUGCCUUUGGAAUGGUUGUGCUCGAAAUUCUGGGUACCAAGAUCGAAGACUCUGGAACUUAUAGUUGUCGUGCCACCAACAAGUGGGGAACUGCUGAAAUCAGUGUUCAUCUUGAAUGCGUUGAUAAGUCCGCUGGACAGAAACCACGUUUCACUACGCAGAUUCAGAACUUGGAGGGCCUGAAGGACGGCCAAUCGGCUCACUUCGAGUGCACUUUGGUUCCAGUCAACGAUCCAGAUCUGAAGGUCGAAUGGUUCCACAAUGGCAAGCCGCUGCGCCAUUCCAACCGAAUCAAGCCUGUUUCCGAUUUCGGAUAUGUGCUUCUGGAUAUCGCGUAUGUCCAAAGCCACGAUUCUGGAGAGUACAUCUGCAAGGCGUCGAACAAGUAUGGCGAAGAUACGACCCGUGCUACACUCAAAUGUUUCGGAAAGGGAGGAGUAUAUCUGGAAUCGCUGCAACCCGAUUCGUUGGCUAGAAUCCGUGAGCUCGAAAGCCAGGCAGGUAUGAAGCCAACUGCUGCAGGAUCGCCCGUUGGAGAAGCACCGCGAUUCAUUACCAAGAUUUCUGAUAUUACUAAGCUAGUUGAGGGACAAAGUGCUCACUUUGAAGCUAGACUCACUCCACUUACGGAUCCAGACCUCGUCGUCGAAUGGUACUGGAAUGGACAGAAGCUGCCUCAUGGUCAUCGUUAUCGCACUUUCCACGACUUCGGUAUCGUUAUCUUGGAUAUUUUGUACUGCUACGAAGAGAACUCUGGAGAAUUUGAGUGCCGUGCCACGAACAAGUACGGAUCGGACAGCACCAAGGCAACGCUGAAGUGCGUCUCGAAGGCAAAUCUGAUCUUGGAUUCCCAAUUGCCACAUGGAAUGGAAGGUGGAUUGGAGAAGAUCCAAACUUUGGAAGAUUCAUUGGUCCGCACUCGCGAUGAACGUGAACGAGUAGAAGGCGGUCGUGCUCCAGUGUUCACUGUGCCACUGUCGAACAUUGAUAGCUUGCGCGAAGGUGAAAGCGCUCACUUCGAAGGUAAACUUACCCCAACCGAUGAUCCGAGACUCAAGGUCGAAUGGUUCUGGAAUGGUAAGCCGCUGAAGACUGGAUCUCGAUUCCGUACGUUCUGUGACUUUGGAUUCGUCAUUUUGGAAAUAUCGCCUGUUUAUCCAGAGGAUUCUGGAGAGUACUCUUGCCGUGCUUCCAACGAAUACGGAGAAGCUGUCACUACUGCAACAAUGAAGGUUCAAGGCAAGCGUAGUAUCAUUUUGGAGUCACAACUGCCAAAGGGUAUGGAAGGCACCAUCGAACGCAUUGCAGAGCUUGAAGGACUUGGAAUUCCUCAUGGAGGACUUACUCCCGAUGACGAUUCUGGCAAGCCCCCAGAGUUCAUCACCACGCCUUCGGAUCAGACUCUGACCGAAAACUCUUUGGCUCACUUCGAAUGUCGCUUGACUCCAGUUAACGACUCAAGCAUGCGUGUUGAAUGGUAUCACAAUGGUAAGGCCUUGUGGGCUGGAUCUCGCAUCAAGACGAUCAACGAUUUUGGUUUCGUCAUUCUGGAAAUUGCUGGAUGCUACCAGCGUGACUCGGGAUUAUACACAUGCAAGGCUACCAAUAGUCAUGGAGAAGCUACCGUUUCCUGUAAGUUGACCGUCCGUGGUCGUCAAGGCAUCAUCAUGGAACCACAGUUGCCAUCGAACUUCCGCACUGGAACGGAAAGCAUUCAGAAGCUGGAAGAACAGCUGCACAAACGCGAAGAGAUGAUGGCCGAAGAAGAUGAGGCUCGUCCACCGAAGUUCAUUGUUGAGAUCAAGGAUAACACUGAUGUUGCGGAAGGUGGACCAGUCCACUUUGACUGUCGCGUGGAACCAGUGGGUGAUUCUUCGAUGAGAAUCGAUUGGUUCCACAACGGCAGACCAUUUGCCACCGGAUCGCGUGUGCACAUGUUGAACGACUUUGGUUUCAUCGCCCUGGAUAUGGAUUACGCUUACGUGAGGGACUCUGGAGUGUACGAAUGUCGUGCUACGAACAAAUGGGGUACGGCUUCAACUACUGCCAAGGUCACCGUUGUAUCUCGAGGUGGAAUCAUUUUGGAUUCGCAGCUGCCUGAGGGAAUGACUGCCUCCAAACUGAAGGAACUUGAACGCGCAAAGGUUACCCUGGCUACCCAGGAAGAGCGCACCUUCGGUCCACCGAAGUUCGUUUCGCAGAUUCAGUCCACCACAAUCGAUGAAGGAGAGACAGUUCGCUUCGAGUGUCGCGUUGAACCAAAGGAAGAUCCCAAACUGCGUGUUGAAUGGUUCCGCAAUGGAAAGCCACUGCCAAGUGGCCAUCGUUACAGAACUAUCUACGACAUGGGCUUUGUAUCUCUGGACAUUUUGUCGGUGUACAUUGAAGAUGCCGGAGAUUACGUGUGCCGUGCAUUUAACGAGCAUGGCGAAGACGUUACCAAGGCUCAUGUGACCUGUAAGAAGCUUCCGUCGAUUGUGCUGCAGAACCAAAUUCCAAAGGGUAUGCAAAAGUCGGAAACGCUAAUGCAGAUGGAAGCCACGAUCAAGAAGUACACCGAAGAGAUCUUCCUUACCGAGGAUGAUCUGUUCGAUCCGGACCGUAAGCAACCACCUCGUUUCGUGACGCAGAUCAAGGAUCAAACUAGCUUGACUGAGAUGCAGGCAACCAAGUUCGAAUGCCAGCUGGCCCCGGUCGGUGAUCCGAACAUGAAGGUUGAGUGGUUCUACAAUGGCAAACCAUUGCCGUACAAGAACCGCUUCACACCGAUCUACGACUUUGGCUACGUUGCGAUGAACUUCGGAUGGAUCUACCCGGAGGACAGUGGUGAGUAUCUGUGCCGCGCAACCAAUCUCUACGGUAUGGAUGAAACCAGAGCCAUCAUCAAGACGACGGGCAAGCCAGGUAUCAUCUACGAUUCCCAGCUGCCAAAGGGCAUGAAGAGUAUCCAGAAGAUUCGCGAAAUGGAAGCGUUGUGGAACCUGAAUAUUCCAGAAGUUAUCGACGAGUCGCAGAAACCGAAAAAGGAACCAGCAUUCGUGAGCCGUCCGGAAUCUAUCGAAGUCGAGGAAGGUGAAUGGGCACGCUUCUGCUGCCGUGUCACCGGUCAUCCGAAGCCAAGAGUUAUGUGGCUCAUCAAUGGACACACUGUUGUCAAUGGUCAACGCUACAAACUCACGUACGACGGAAUGUAUCACUUCGAUAUUCCGAAGACUCGCCAGUACGAUACCGGCAAAAUCGAAGUCAUCGCUCGCAGCUCCGUUGGCGAAGCUGUCGCUAGGUGUGAACUGAAGAUUACCCCACGUCGUGACGAUUACCGCGGAGUGUUGAAGAACUCUCCAAGACCCUGGUACGAUUACGACCUGGUCUCCUACCAGAAGAAUCGUCUCGAUACCGACCUGGAAGUCACGCUGCAGGAGGAAACCAAGAAGAAGAAGAAGGGUCUCAAGGCUCAGCAUCUGAAGCCGAAGGAGAAGAAGGAAAGCGAGACCGAAUGGCAGAAGACUGUCAAGAAGAAGAAAAACGAAGAGUACUAUAACAAACUGGCCCAGGUAGAGAACGAACAGUUGGUCAAGGAGCAGCGACUCCGCGAAGAAAAGCACCAGUUCGCUAUCCCUGGGGACAAGGUGGUCGGCCAGUCGCUCGCCAAGGGAAUGGCAUCUGCAUAUGAGGAAACUAUAGAUGAAACAAAGGAAACAGAAACCCAGGAGACGACGACCGUACCACGCAAGAAGAUUAUUCCGGAACCACUGGAGACUUCCGUUCAGGGCAAAGAAGUUCACGUUUCUCAACAGAAACAGACCCAGAAGGAGGUCUACGAUGACAAAGAGAUCAUCCGCAAGAUUACGGCAACGGAAACCACCGAAGUUGAACAUAAGGGUACGACUCAGGAGCGUAUUGUAGAGGGACCGGUCAAACCGGCUACCCCACCGGUGUUCACCAAGAAGAUUCAACCGUGCCGUGUGUUUGAAAAUGAGCAAGCCCGCUUCGAAGUUGAGUUCGACGGAGAUCCAAUGCCCGCUAUCAAGUGGUUCCGUGAGAACUUCCAAAUCCACAACUCAUCAGACUUCCAGAUUCAUACUUUUGGCACCAAGUCCGUUUUGAUUAUUCGUCAGGUAUUCAUGGAAGAUUCGGCUGUAUUUGCCGUGAUUGCCGAGAACCGUGGAGGAACCGCCAAGUGCAGUGCUAAUCUGGUUGUAGAACAGCGUCGGCAGCAAGGCCGAGGAGGCGUUACCCCGCCCAGCUUCGUAAACACUAUUUCGGACACUAGCGUCACCGCCGGUCAACUCGCCCGAUUCGAUGCCAAGAUCUCCGGAACUAAACCACUGGAUGUGUACUGGUUGAAAAAUGGACAGAAGAUUUCACCAAACAUCAAGUACAAGGUUUUGGAAGAGGACAACACCUACACGUUGUUGAUCAUUGAAGCGUACGCUGAGGACGCCGGAAAGUACGAAUGUGUUGCCAUCAAUAGUGCCGGAGAGGCCCGCUGUGACGCCUCAUGCAAUGUGGAAACUCCCCACACACCGAUCAUUGAAAAACCGGCCACUCCCGGAACCGAGCGUCCACCAAAUCUAGUGGAACCACUCAAGGACAAAUCCGUCCCGGAAGGUCAAUCGGUUGAGUUCCGCACACGGGUGACUGGGAAGCCAAGUCCCACCGCUCAGUGGUACAAGGGUGACAAGCAAAUCAAACCGUCCAAGUACUUCCAGAUGACCAAGGACCGUGAUUACUUCACACUGAUCAUUACGGAAGCGUUCCCGGAGGAUGAAGGUGAAUACCUUUGCAUAGUGUCCAAUGCGGGCGGCGAAGUGCAUACGACGGCCAGCCUCAAGGUGGUGACGCCAGGCAUGCAGGACACCGUGCCGAAGCUGACCGAAAUGAAGGAUUGUGUCGUGGAGGAGGGAGCCCCGGCGCAGUUCAAAACGCAGAUCGUUGGCAAGCCGACGACCAAGAUGACGGUGCAGUGGCUGCGCGAGGGUCUGCUGAUUCCGGAGUCGCCCGAUUUUCAGAUGAUCACCGAGGGCUCUAACGCCGUGCUGCUGAUCGGAACGACGUACGAGGAGGACUCGGGCCUGUUCACCUGCCGAAUAACGACAUCGGCCGGCCAGGUCGAAACGUCCGCCAAACUGAUAGUCAAAAGUAAGAAUGCCCAGUAAAUAACACCACAACCCGUAACCAAUCGCUCUCUUGGAAGCUCUCUGUCUCUAUUUGAGUUGUUGGUUUUUCGUUUCCUCUUUUUUUAUUACUUGUGUACUUUCUUCGUUACAACAAGCAAAACAAUGUCAUUUUCUACAGUUUUUGGUUCUUGUUUUUGCUAUUGUUUGAGUAACUGACAAAAAGAAAUGAAAACCAAAAACAAAGCUAACACAUCACGUAGUGGCGCGAAACCGAAUCUUGCGUGUGAUUGGUAGAAUAACCGAAUAUGUCAAACGGAAUGGAUGGAAACAUACAACAGCAGAAAACAAAAACAUGAAAAUGAUUUCAAACCCAGAAACGGCAGAUUUCUCGAAACAACGACAAUAGAUGAAGAUAUAGUUCUAGAUAAGUUUGUUCCCCGCGGCAUCAGCUUUAAUAGUCUAAAUUGUGUGGAAGCAAGCGCGUUUCCAAAAAGCAAAAGAUACAAUAAUUGUCCGAUGAGUGUUGUUUGUCUUAACAAUUCAAAAACAAAGUCAAGCGAGUUGUUGUAGUUAGUGCAAAACCGUGCCGAACAAACGCGCGAUCCAAAAACUGAGCAGUUAUUUUGUUUCCGUGUUUUCUUCCAACGACUGUCACAUUUCUGUUGUAUGUUUACAAUUGUCUUUUCUGGAAACCAACACCAUUAAUCAAAGUAGUCUGUAAGAUUGCAAAGCUACCAGCGUGAGUGCAUAUAGAUAUGGAAAAAAAACUACAUCGUAACAGGCCACUUCCUUACUAGUCGUCAAAUACCCUUGAACACCAAUCGUUUCACGAAGAAGAAGAACGUUAAUUAUUUAUUUAUUGCGCCCCUUAUUUAUUAAACUACUUUAACUAUUCAUACAAUGAAGUUUAUACAACUAUUAUAUAUUUUAGCUUAUUUAACACAAACUUUAUAGCAAUUUAAAGAAAAACAAACAAAAAACGCUAGUGAUAAAUCCCUGCAGCUUAAGAAAUAAAUUUGCAAGCAAUUUUUUACCAAACAAAACAUCUGAUUUUUACGUAUGUUCAAUAAUUUCGAAAAUAAAAUGGCAAUCAUUGAUCGGUUUCGGUCCUCCAUCCACCGAAACUGAAUACGUCAAAGAAUACCAAAAAAAAAAUAACAAAAUCGAAAACGUCAGAACACGAAUUGGCUUGUCUUCGACUGCUUUCCCGUCGUGCGAAAGCGGUUAUCCCGAACGACGGUCCCAAAACAUACACUUUUAAUAUAUAAAUUUGAUACAAAAUCAACGUAAACAAUUCUGCUCUCCACCCGGGCAGUGUGCGCUACGACAAUUGGCACACCCCUCGUCGGCAGGGCUUCGAAAUGUCAGGUUGCGAAUUUGGAUGUUCAAAUUGAAUAAAAACAACUGAUUUCAAGUGGAAUGGCAAGGGGGCAGAUUUCCUUCUUCGCUCACUUUGAUCGAUUUGUCUUUGUGAUUUUCAAAAUGCAUUUCUUAAAAUAUUUCCCUCCGUGCUGUUCUAGUCCCCCGUUGACCGAAAUCGCUUCAGUGAUUGCCACUUCGUACACGAGACCGACCAACCGAUACUACGCUCUUUCGAGCAGUUCUUUUCUCCUUGUCUCGCCAGCCAGAGCGUCGUCCCAAAUGAAAAUCAGAGCAGAAACCUGUCAUGAAACGUUCGCUUUAAAAUUAAUUGAAUGCCCUUUUUCUGUAUUGGUGGUUGCCAUAAAAACAACCAAAGGUGUGGCGUGCAAAAUUUACUCAAAUUCGAGCAGUUAUUUUUUUAAGCCGUGUACCGUGUGCAAAACCACAAACGUGUGCCUCGCAAGGUAGAUCGCACAUUGCGAUGUGUGGAAAAUAUUCCAAACAUGAGUCACAGUCGCACUCCGGUGGAAACCGAUCGUAAUCGAACGUGUGAAAAAUGAAGGGAGGCUGCCUCUGCUCCCCAAUUUCCCGUUUUCAUGCCGUUAAAUCUAUGCGCAUCCGCGUACCAGCAUAAUGCUUUCCACAUUUUCGGGCAAGAAUUUAUUUUUAGCGCUCGCCUACCUCGAUUUUCGCGUGAAGCGUGUUUUCAUAUUUCUUCUAGUGCCUGCUCCCUCGGCUUAAAUAACGAUCUUCAAACGGUCUUCUUUUCCUGCUGGUCGCUUUUCCGAGGGAACUUUCUCCCUUCCCGCGGGAAUGAACUAGUUUUCAAGUUUCCUCAUUCUGAAAAUGAGCUGUAAAUUGCGGAGAUCUAUGACAGGUUACAACAGUUUUCCACUUCGAGAGUUUUAGCACUUCCAGCUAGGGGAAAAACCAUUCGUGAGAUUUCGGAUAACGAAAAAAAUAACAGACUUUUCUUUGAGUUUUGUCUUUAUUUAUUUUGAUUUUUUUCUCUUCACGCGAAUCGCAAAAACAAUUUUUGUUGAAAAUUGUGGUUUAUUUUAAUGAGGCGGUUACUUACCUCUUGGCUCUGGGUCGACCCCUUGGCUAGCGACACUCUCGAGAAUUAAAAAACGCAAACGGCUGGUGACGGAAAAGUGCUGCUUUAUGAGAGCGAAAAAUUAAAGCAGCAAAAAAUACACCCAUUAUAUGUAGAAUAGUAGAAAAAGAGGUAGCCAGGAAAUUGGCGCUUGAGGCAAAGAUGAAGAUUUUGUAACUUAAGAGAGGAAAAACCCGUAAUAAAGCACAGAAUAACGGUAAUAAAGUUUCUGAAAAUGGCAUAAAA